AUGACUCAAUCAGCCCCCUUUCAUCGCCGCUCCCCUUCCUCUCCUCAUGCCUCCAAGUCUAAAACCACUCGUCCGGCCAUACACCGACGAGGCAACUCUCACGCCAGCACCUCAAUAUCGAAACUAGGCUCGGGACAAAGGGGAGCGUGCAAGCCGACGACCUCGGACGAUACCGAGUUCGACAUGGCCAGCUUCUUGAACUUUUGUGCUAUGUGUGAGAACCAGAUCACCGUCCCCAACAACACCUUGCUAUAUUGUAGCGAAAGCUGCCGCCGCAAAGACUCGCGCAAACCUCUCUCCGCAUCCCUCCCAUCUAUGUCCGCAAUGUCCACAAUGUCCACAAUGUCCUCAACAACACCCCCAACAUCACCUCCUCUCUCUCCACGCACCAUCGUCGCCCCAAUGAUCCCAACUCGCAUCCCAAGUACCAACACAUCCCUCCCAUCCACCCAAAUAUUCUCCCACACCCACUCCGCCAAAUCAGAUCUCGACCCCACAGAGUGGAAGCCCGUAUUAUCCCGCGCCUCGUCCCUCGCUUCCUCCGAAGCCUGGACCUACCUCUCUCAGUUCCACCGGGGCUCCAGCGAUCCCCUCGUCCGCCCCACCGUCUACCGCAGCAGUUCCAGCCUGCCUGCCCUGGCCGCCGGCGCAUCCCACAACAACACCAUGCCAGCCCUGACCAGCGCCCCAUCCACUGUCGCCUCGUCCUACAGCAGCACUGCCUCCGAUUACCUGGGCAUGUACGAGUCUUCGCGCCCACUGCCCCCGCGCCACAACCCUUACUCCGGUACUAGCGCGACCAAGGGCGUGGAGCUCGUUGUCCCGCAUAUCGUCUCUGAACAUGAGGAUCUUGAUCCCGUUUCGGACCGUGGGUCGAUUUUGCCGGCUAGCAGUGCCGUGUGGGAAACUUCCUAUAAGAAAUCUGCGCCUAUCAAUAUGGGGGGAAUGGGUGGUCGUCGCGCUGAGUGUGUGAAGAACUGA